AUGGAUAAUGACUUGUGCAGUCUACCGGCAACACCAAAUUGCACAAAUCUUUCGACUUUACUUUUGCAAAGAAAUUACAAUUUAAUGAUGAUCCCAGAUAGCUUCUUCUUGUCUAUGCAAAGACUACGAGUGUUGGACUUACACGGUACGGCCAUAACAUCCCUUCCACCUUCUUUGUCUUGCUUGACUGAUCUUAGGGCACUCUACUUGAAUUCCUGCACGCGUUUAAUACAACUACCUUCAAGCUUAGAGGCACUGGUGCAUCUGGAGGUGCUUGACAUACGGCGCACCGGAAUCAUCUCUUUACCUAUUCAACUUGGAAGUUUAACGCAUAUGAGAUGUUUACGCAUGUCAUUGUCAAAUUGUGGCGCCGGAAACCCAGUCUCCAAGGUGAUUUCAAGCAUUUCAUUAUUAGAAGAACUCAUCAUUGAUGUAGACCCAAACACUUUGUGGUCUGAUCAGGUCAUGAGGACCAUCACGGAGGAGGUUUCUACCUUGACACGGUUGACUUCACUGACGUUUUCCUUUCCUAAAGUGGAGUGCCUUGAAAUCUUCGUCAGAUCAAGCCGGCUGUGGAAGGACCUAAGCUUCACAUUUCAGUUUUCAGUCGGUACUUGCAAUUCGGUUAAGUAUCAUAUUCUUGAUUAUUUUGAAUAUCAGUUGUGCAAGUGCUUGAAGUACGCAAACGAUGAAGGCAUACAUCCUAUGAUCUCAGAAGUACUCACUGAAACCGAAGUAUUUGAACUGAUUGAUCAUAAUAAUAUAUUGAGCUUAUCAGAUUUUGGGAUUGAGAAUUUGAGUAAACUCAGAGCUUGUUCAGUGGAGGGUUGCAAGGAUAUCAUAUGCAUUAUCGACGGUACUGUAGCACCACCUCGUGCAUUCGAAUGGCUAGAGAGAAUGGUUAUAAACAAUGCCCCAAGUUUGCAUUGCAUUUGGAACGGUCCCGUGCCUGUGGGAAGCUUAGGUCAAAUGACUAAUUUAACCUUGUACAAUUGCCCCAAACUCAAGAAGAUAUUCUCAAAUGGAUUGAUUGAACAACUAUCCGAACUACAACAUUUGAGUGUCGAAGAGUGCUACGAAAUUGAGGAGAUCAUCCUUGAAAACGAGAAUCCUUGCUUGGACUUGAGAACACUUCCGAGUCUUAAAAAGGUAGUACUUCAUGAUCUUCCGAAAUUAAGGAGCAUUGCGCCGGAUGACUUAUUGAUUUGGCCUUCUCUAAAGAGAGUGGAUAUAGCUUCAUGUCCAUCCUUGUUGAAACUGCCCUUUACUGAGAAAAAUGCUGUCAAUCUAAGAUUCAUUGACGUCGAGCAAUCAUGGUGGUAUGCAUUGGUGUGGCGAGACGAUGCCAUCGAGCAAAGAUUACGGUCUUUUUGUAACUUCAUUUAAUCUUUCUCUAUAGCUCUUUGCUUAUUGUUCAUCUUGCUUGUUGUGAUUGUAAUUAUGUAUUAACAUUUGCUUUCCGUUUUGUUUCCCUGCAUGCACAAUCCAUUAAAUGGCUAUUGGCCGAAUGAGGUGAUGAAAACGAUAAUAAGCAGGAUUCUGGUUAUGUUUUCCUAAGAUCCCUUGUUGCAAUACUGAGCUUCUU